GCAACACAUUCCAAUGAACCGUUUGUUAUAUUUAUCGGCACUUUUUGUUGUCGCCUUCGCAGAAGACUCGGAAAAUGGUACAAUUGUGUCAGCGACCCCGAUGUGCAUAGAAUAUGCAGAUUGUGUUCACAAAGCACAACAGAAGGCCGAGGAGUGUCACGUUUUGGAGAAUAACACCGAGACCACAAACGGAAAGAAAGGAGUGUGCACCGAAGCGAAACGAAUUCAUUUGGAAAUCAGAUCUAUUCACGAUCAGAUGUCCGACGAAAUCGAAACAUGUGUCCGUGGAAAAGCAGACAGUGUCGUCGGAUUGAACGAAAAGAAAAACGAAAGAUGCCAAGCUAUUCUCAAGAAAAACGCGAAAAGAGCUGCAAUUGAGCCGCAGAAAAGAAGAUCCAAGAAGGAAAAGAACAGUCUGAAAGCUGCAGCAAGAACAUGCAACAAAGAGGCUCGCCGACUCAAAAGCCAAUGUGCUCGACUUGCCAAGUGCUGCCCGGCAGUUAGAGUGUGCCAUCGAAAUGAGGACAAGACUGAGCUGGAGGAGAAGAAGAAGCUAUUGAAAGAGGCAACCAAGGAUUGUGCAACAAAUGGGAAGAAGGGCGUGAAAAAGACUGGAAAACGAGUUGGAGAGGAUCGGGAGCGAGAAGGAAAGAAGGCUAAAGGAGAUAAUAAGAAGACAGGAGGAAUUGGAAAAUCAUUGGAAAGAGCUGCGAAUAAGAAGAAGGAGACACCGAUUGGAGGAAAGAAGUUGGCUGCAGCACUCGAUGAUAUGCAUUCUUAAACUGUUUUCUUUUGAAAGUGGAGUAUCGUCGGCGGAAAACUUAAAAUUAAUAUUAAAGGCACUCCUAUAGUGCUAUAAGGCCCAAAUAUCAUAGUUAGAAUUUUCAAAACAAAUUUAAAAAUGCUUAAAAUUAUAGUCAAAAAGUCGUGGAUCCUCAGUUUCUCCUUUCAUUUUUGUUUUGAAGUCGAUCAAAAAAAAGCUAAAAAAUAAUCUAAAAUCUCACAUUUGUUAAAAAAUUUUGUGGUUUACCAAAUAUUUAAUUAAACAUCCUUUAAAAUUCAAAAAUUAUAGUUUAUUUUACCAUGGUAUUCGGCCAUGUUGAACUAUACUUGCACAUCCAUUUCUCUACUUUGACGGCUUAUAACUCGGUUAUCUUUGGGUUUAUUAAAAAAUUGUCAACUGACAAAAAACGUGCAAAAUGUAUUUCUACAUUUUUUUAGUAGAACAUUUUUUGAUAAAUCUAAAAACAACUGAGUUAUAAACCGUCAAAGUAGUCUCCGCUCACAAUGCUCCACCUUUAACUUCACAACUUUUUCAACAUUCCAAAUGCGGCUAAAGUUGUGGUGUCAAGAUAUUAGUUUUAUGAUUACUCCUGUUUAAGUUAAUUUCUUCUGAUUUCUUCCUAUUUUUCCAAUUUCCCUCCCCCAAGUCUUCUUCUUCCCCUAAUGUUGUGACCCCCCACCAUUUUCUCUUUUUGUCUCCUGCUCCUAGGCAUCUUGUCCACCUUAAACAAAAACAUUUACAGCUUUUUCUCUCUUGAUCUCAGAAAUGUUUAUUUGCAUUGUUUUUUUUUCUGGAAACGACGAAUAAAGAAUCA